AUGGAACAACCACAGCUCAACGACUGGUCACCCACAAUCAACGGAGUGCAACGGUUACUCUUUUCGGCUCUAGUCUGGGGAAGAUCGACACCGAUCAUCAUUAUGGCGAAGGGAAGCGAGAAUCAUACUUCACCCCUAGUGGAAUCUCGCAUGCUUAUACCUGGCCACUGCAACGUCGAUAUCCACCUGCUCACUUCGUUACUGAAAGAGUCGGAGCAUAAACGUCCCGGCGUUCGCAACUACACAAACUAUGGUAGCGAGAGAUGUUGUGAUUCAACGACCCGCAAGAUGAGAGGGCAAGACAGCACCACACUGGCACAAAGCGACAAAUUCUCGGGCAUUCCUGAAAUAGUCAUCACCGAUUACGAUGAAGGUCUUGUCGUAUCCGAUGAUACCAAUCUCCACGGCGCCGUCGGAAGCAAUGGUGGUCUUGUUCGCCAGAAGUACCGAGGCUGGAGCACGUAA